CAUUGCCUGUCAUCAUUCAGCCAACAAUGACAAUAAGUUCUUCAAUUAUCUUGGAAACUUUUAAUUCCAGUAUCAUAACAAUGCCAUCAACUUCAUUUGAAACAUUUGAUAUGUCUAUAUCCAUGACAUCAACAGAUGUUUUAUCGCAGGAAUCUUCAUCUAUUGAUAUGAAAACUGACAAUAUGUCUGCCUUGAUAACUCCAACAGUACCUAUGUCAACAAGUGACUUGAUAUCAGUUGCUUUAGAAACAUCAUCUAAUUUUACUAUCGUUACAGUUCAACCAACAGUGCCUGUAAGUUCUACCGACAUAAUACACAAUGUAUCAUCUUCAUUUCUGGACACAAAUAAUUUGACUUCAUUUUUCAUAGAAUCAUCAACUGGAACAGCAACUGGAAUGUAUUCAUUAAAUUUCACUAGUGAUUUUCAGAUACCUUCUGUUACUAUGAAUUUUUCCUUAACUAUGGCAAUCUCUUCAGAAUUCAUUCAGAAAAGUUCAGAAAAUCAGACUGGCAUUAUGUCAACAACAGUAGAACCAAGUUUGACAACAACUUUUAUAACAGCCUCUGAGAUGGUAAAUCAGACUGGCAUUAUGUCAUCUUCAACAGUACAACCAGGUUUAACAACAACUUUCAUGUCAUCUGGGCUAAACCAGACAGCCUUUAUGACAACAACAACAGUAGAACCAAGUUUAACAACAACUUUUAUGACAGCCUCUGAGAUGGUAAAUCAGACUGGCAUUAUGUCAUCUUCAACAGUACAACCAGGUUUAACAACAACUUUCAUGUCAUCUGUGGUAAACCAGACAGCCUUUAUGACAACAGCAACAGUAGAACCAAGUUUAACAAAAACUUUUAUGACAGCCUCUGAAAUAGUAAAUCAGACGAGCAUUAUGUCAUCAAUAAUAGUAGAACCAAGUUUAGCAACAACUUUUAUGUCAUCCUCAGAGGUAGUAAACAAGACAGGUGUUAUGUCAAUAACAAAAGUAGAACCAAGUUCAACACCCAUCUUGCCCUCAUCAUCAGAAAUUGCUAUUAAUUCAAGCCAAUAUUUAACACCAUCAUCUACUUUUACAACAAUAGGUGUAUCUACAACAGACAUAGAUAAAUCAGUAUAUUUAUCAACAAGUGCUGCAGCAAUAUCAUCAACUAUUACAAUGGGACCAGUAAGCAACAGUGAACCAGUAGUUACUCUUUCAACAUCUCACACAAGUAGUAUUAUUCCAACAUUGGUGCCAUCGUCUACAGAAUCAUUAACAGUAAGCACCUCUCCUUCAACGAUGAUCACAUCUGAUGUGUUAACUAGCACUGGUGUGUUGUCACAAACACAAGUAUUAACUUCAGCAAUUCUUUCUUCAUCACAUGUUCAAAUGUCUAGUUCUGUUUCUAUGACAACAGCUGUUCCAACAACUGAGCCAACAACUACGAUAACCACACCGACUACGACUACAACACCCACUACAACCACAACACCGACUACUACAACACCACCACCUACGACAACACCUGAUGUCAAGGCCACAUACUGGGUUAAGACAGGAAUCUUAGUUCCAGUUGCAGAGGAUGAGAAGUCAGUAACAUUUAAGACCAAAGUAGAGACAGGACUUGCUAAUGCAUAUGAUCUGGCUUUCCAGAAACAAGGACAGGCUAGAAGGAGGAAAAGAUUUGUACAGAUUGGAAAGGCUGGAAUCAAUGUGACAGACGUUACUAGAGCACCAGGGAAAGAAGAUGUUACAUUAGCAUAUACAGUAGAUAAAGAUGGUACAACACUGCCAUCAACAGAAGCUGUGGCAGCCACUUCCAGUAUCAGUGAUCAGAUGAUGGCCAUUAAACUAGGAUAUGAAGUCUCGUCAAAGGCAGAAACUUACAUCUCCCAGGAACCAGCUACCGAUGAUACACCAUCAAAUCUAUGGAUAGUGGGAGCUGUUGUGGGCGCCAUAGCUUUUGUUGUUAUAAUAAUUUGGAUUGUUGUGUGUAUCAUAUACUGGAAGUAUAAACGAGCUCCAACCAAAGGCAGACCUCUAGAUUCAGAAAAUGAUCCACCUCUACUUAGGAUGAGAUCACCUACAGGAGCAGAGGAGGAUGAAGCACAGUAUAGUCAUGUGAUUGGACCAGAGGCCAAUGGUAGAGAAGCUUAUAAAGUGACCUCACCAAAGAAAGAGAAGUACAAGGUCAACCAUAAUGAAGAUUUGUAUGCUGAGGUCAAGAAACACAGUAAAUCAUCUCCUAAAAAAAAACUUGAUGCAGAAUCAAUGAAUAUAGUCACUGAAUAUAAUGAUACUACGAAAGACAAAACCAAGAAAAAGAAGAAAAAAAGUAGUCAGACUGUUGCUGGAUUAGAAGAACCAGAUGAAAAUUCACCAAAGCUAAUAAGGACAAAACACCUACAGAAAUAUGAACCUCAGAUUGAUGAUGAUCUAAAGGAAAGUAAGGAGGCUGAAAGAAAGAAAAAUAAGCAAAGACUGAGAGACAAAAGGAAAAAGAGAGAAAAAGAUCAAGAGGCAAUGAAAGAAUACUUAUCAGGACAAGAGGAAAUAGAUGCUGUGUUAGGUCAUAGUACGGAUGAAGUACCUGAUGUAUUUAUACAUAAACCUAAAAAGAAAAAAGGUUCAAAAGACAAAGAAGGAAAACAAAAUGAUGGAUUUGUAGAAGAUGAGUCAUUACGUGAGGCAAGAAAGAGGAUGCACAUGUUGUUAGACGAUGCAUUUGCACUCAUCUCACCUGCAGAAUCCAUGAAUGAUGGUGAAGGAACAAAAAAAGUAGCAAAAUCAGCUACCCCAAUUAGAAAAUUUACACACAGAAAUAAAGUCUCACCUGAAAAUAAGACGCAGACCAAACAAGGAUUUAGAGCCGAUGAUUUAAAGGCUCAAUCAGAGAAGAAACAUGAGCCAAUGUUUGUACAUACAAAUCAUACACCACAGCCAGAAACACUGCAGACAUGGAGUCCUUACAGAGCUGCUGACCAAGUAGCACUUAUAUCUAUGCCUAAUUCUAUGCAAACAUCAUUAGGGAGAGAUUUCAACAAGAAAAGUCCAGGAAAAAGACCGGUGGCAAAUGUUAAUUAUAAUGGUCCAACAUUGGCCACAGAACCUCCAAAACCUAUUCUUUUGAGGACUAUGGAUUUAGAUAAAAGUGGAGGACCACAUGAACAUAGAAAAUCUGGAAAUUAUGAACCAAAUAGAUCCACAAUGCUGAAUGACAUUGGAGCAACUAAAAGCUCAAAUUUAUCUGGUCUUAAAUCUAGUCAUAUUGGUUCAAAAGGACCUUCUCAGCAAAGUGUGGAAAUGAAAAAUCUAAAUGGCAACGUGUCUCAUUCUAAACCUCAUAGACCUCACUCUAAAACAUCAAAAGAUAUGGAUGAGACAGAUAUUGUGACAACGAACCUUUCUCAAAGGGAAGCGCCUCCUGAUCAAACAAUUCAAUCUAUCCGUAAUGAGCUACGCAGUAUUGUUAAUUCAAAUAAAACACCUUCAAAGACGAGGCAUUCCAUGGCAGAUAUAUCAUAGUCAAUAUUGAAGUUUUAUAAUUUGUUAUUAUUUCUAGAGAGUUUGCUGAAUACUGGGUUUAAAUUUUUGCAAUUUGGAUUUUUGUUCAAUUCAGUGUCUAAAAUGUAAUGGCUGAAUGGACAGCAAAGGUAAUUGAUGCUUUUCAAAGUUGAAGUUUAUGUUAAUGCCAUAGAAAAGACAAUUUUUAACAUAGCAGUUGCAAAUUAUAUUCAUACAUUUCAAAAACGAAAUUGAAGUGAUUAGGUUGUCUCAUUGACAAUCAUGCCAUAUUUUCUUAUUUUUAUGAUUUAACUGCAUUGCAGUUGCAAAAUUAUCUGAUGUGUCAAUCCAUUCAAGGCAUAUGAUGCCUUAAGGCAUCACCUGGGUACCGCACUAUGAUGCCUGUAUGAUAUUCCCUUGAUCUAGAUGAAUAUGGAAUUUCUUUUUAAUUCUUGAAGGGUCAGUAGAAUCUAAUUUAAAUUUUUAAUAUUAACAGUUUCAGCAAACUCAUAUAUAUAUAUGUCAAUGUUUAAAGCAAUUGUUUUCAUUUCUGCAGUAAUUAUGUUAAACAUUGCAUUGAAGUUAUUUGGUAGCAUUAUUGAAAUUACAAAAAAAAAGUUUUAUGCAAAAAAAAAUUUAAGUUCUGUUAUCAUUUUAAUAGCCAAUUAUAGUAUAAGUCAAUUAUGAAAUUUGCAUGUACCUCACAUAUUUGAAUAAAUGUUAAAUCUCAUGGUCACUUUAAAAAAACAGAAAACAAAAAAAGACUCAUCUAAUUUAACUGGAAACAGAUUAGAAAAUUCCAAUAUUUGAUUGAUAUUUUAAAAAAGUUCUACAUUUUUUAAUUAGACUUACAAAUUUAUAUUGCAAUAUAAUUUUUUUACUCAUAAUUUCCUAAACUAUAAAUUCUAUUAAAAUUUGAAUUUGUUUUAAACACAUAUCGAUAUAAGCUUAUUAUAAUUGUAUAUUUUGUAUCAUAAAUACAUAUCAAAAUUAUAUUGAGUAGACAAAUUGUACAAUUGUAAAUAAUUUAACUAAAAUAAUUUAUUUGUAAAUAUUGUUAAUUAUGCAAAACAGAUGUUACCAUCUACAGGCAAUUUGUGGUUAAUUUAAAAAGAAACUUUUUUAUGUAUGAUAUACACAAUUUGAGAUAUGCAAUUUCACAACUUUUAUUUAUUUUGUCCAUGACUUCAUUCUAUACACAUUAGAAUCUUUCAUCUUCAUUGUUAAAUCUAUAAGUAUGCUACACAUUGGCUGUUACUGUCAAAAGUCCAGAACAUAUAGAGAUGUUAAAAUCAGUAUGCUUGUUUUAUAGACGGGUAGCCCCUUUUUACAAAUAAGCUUUAGAAUUUAUUGGGAACUCAUUUGAUGGGUAAUUUUGCUUUUUUAAGAUUCAAAGAUAAGAUUUCCUUUUCACAACAUCAUCAUUUACAAAACUUGAUGUUGUAUUCAUUAAUGAGUUGACAAUUAUAUCCCUUGAAAGUGUAUUUACUCCCCUUAACUGAUAUAAAGAUUAUCUCUGAAUAAAAUUUUGGUGUGUCUUAGUAUUUUUGUGUAUCAAAUUGGCAGUUUUAAAAACUAAAGGACUGUGGGUAAUAAAAUUGUUCGUACCCCAAAAUGAAAAUAACAUCACGUCAUUGGUUGAAUUUCCAUUGUUUAGGAUGUUUUUAACCAAUCACAUUGCUAUAGUGUACGUUUUGAAAUAUUACCCAGAAUACACUAGAUUCUGAAACGGCUAAUUACAAGACCAUCUGAUACAAAGUUAUAAACCAUGCCUUAAUUAUGUUAAUCGUUUCUUUUAUGUAAUUCUGUAGUUGGUUUCAUCAAAUUUGAUUAAAACUGUGAUACAUUAGUUGGUGAAAAGGGAUUUGAUAUUAGUGCUAUUUUAUACACCAGUAUUUUUAUAUUGUCACAUAUUUUCCCCAUGACAUUGAUAUUAUAUAUCUUAACAAUCCAUAUUAUUAAACUUAACUGUAUGUGUCCUGUAUUUGGUUUUACUGUGUAUUUACCAUAAUUUAUUUUAUUUUAUUGUGUUACCUCCCAUUAGCAUUUUCAAUACUGUUUUAAUAUGUAUUCAUCAUCAGCCAAAAUUCAUUAUUUUUCUUUCAAGGUUAUUUUUUUACAUGUUUUUCAGGCUAAUUGAGGAGUUCACUAAUUUCUAUCGAUAUUGGGUUUGAAAACAUUUUUUUUCUCUCUGUUAUUUACCAGUCUAUGUAGUUUAGUUAUAUUUUAUUUGGCAAUGUUAUAAGCAAUAAAACAUACCUCUAUUAUUGUUAUAGAUCUGAGCUUUAAUGAAUUAGUAUAGUUCUUGUCUUUUUUAUAAAUUCUGUCGAUAUUUGCACGAUUUAUUUCAAUUGUUAUCACGUUUCAAAAUUAUUGAACAUGUACAAGAUAAUUAUGUUAGACCUUUGUUAUGAGGAAAUCAUAAAUUUACAAGAGUUUACCAUACUGUAAAUUUAGAAAUUAAUGCGAAGUUUUUAUUAUUGCGUAAAAUGCGACUGAGUUGUAAACGCAAUAAUUUAAAUUCGCAUUUUGAAAUAUUUUAUAUGAAUUGAACAGGAUUUUUAUCAAAAUCGUAAAAAUUAAAUCGCAUUUAAGUCUAAAAUGACAAAAUCGCAAUAAUAAAUGCACGCAAUAAUUUCUGAAUUUACAGUAUAUAAAAUUACUAUUAUAUAAAACGAAAAAAUGCCUUUAGUAAUGAAGGCAAUAUUAAUAUUGUUAACUUUUUUCAAAUCAGCUACUAUUGUGUUUAAUGUAUUUUUUAAACAAGUCUUAUUUUUUUAUUAGGUCUGAAAGAAUCAUUCAAAGGUUUUUUGCAGUAUGCUGGUCAAACCUGCAUUUAAUUUUUGUGUACAAUGUCAGAAAUUUUUAAAAGUUAUCUCAUGUGAUUCCAUUAUGUCUCCUAGAGGAGAAAUUUGUUGGUUGUUAAAAUUGUUAUACUGGAUAGUAGAUCUGUUAUAUUUCUAUGUAUUUGUUUAUAUCUCUUUAUAUAGUCAAAUUUGUCUUUAGGUUCAUCUGAUAUUAUUUUGUUCUUAUAUUGUCAAUAAAUUAUUUUUGUGACCAUUUUAUCACAAUAAAAUAUUUGUAAAUCAA